AUGAGGGUUUCUCCGGGGGUUUCUUUGUCCUUAAUAAACGGCUUCAAAGCCCCCAUUCGCGUGGGAGCAGCAGACUUUCUGGCCCAAGGCAGUGCUGCUGCGCUGCUGCUCUUUCUGGACUGCUUCGCGGGGUACGAAGUUGUGGGGUCUUGGCUGACCCCGCAGGGCCGCUGGAGCAGCGAUCCCGAUCCCGAUCCCGAUCCCGAUCCCCGCCCCACAGCCGCCGCGGCCCGCGGCCGCCGCGUGUACGUACAGCUCCAGAACACCGGCCCGGGCCCCUUCGGCUCCGUCAAGCAGCUGCUGCUGCACACAGCCGUCGAGCGAGUGGUCAAGACCAUUGGUCCAGUGCACCACUUCCUGGAGGCGGUCUUGGAGGCCCUGAAGGCCUCCCCGGGGGUCAUUUCGGGGGCCUCCAAGGCCCGCAAGUUGCUCGCAAAACGCAUUAUUCGGCUAAGACAAAUUUGCUCCAUUGCUUCUUUGCUGGACAUUCCCAAGGGCCAGGCCGAGCAGGUCUGGCGGGACUUGCUGCGGCAGCCCACGGCUGCGGGCCGCGCGCGCAGGCUCUCGCAGCUGCUGCAGCAGCGGCAGCAGCAGCAGCAGCAGCAGCAGCAGCAGCAGCAGCAGCAGCAGCGCCGCCGCUGGGCCUGGCAAGGCGCUGCUGCUGUUAAUGUCACAAAGCCCAUUACCCUUUCCUUCACUAUGUACCCAAAGCCCAGCCACGGAGUCCGAGCCACUGUGGCUCUCAGCAGCAGCAGAGUUUUCUUGUCGGAGGCUUUUGCUGCUUUCGCGGAGUUCCUGCUGCUCUCCGGCAGCAAAGACUCCCUCGACAGCUUCGAGGCCAUUUGGAACCGCUAA